CGCAUAUCGCCCAUCGAGUCUUGUUCUGGGUCUCUCACUGAUAUGAUUGACCCGCCUCUCAAUACUCGAUUGCCUGUUCUCCAGGGGUGACCUUCAGUAUAAAUGGAUUCGGACGAAGUGAUGGAGCGCGAUGACACCAAACAUGAGCCCGACCUGGAUGAAAAAUUUCCCAACCGACCGCGAAACCAUGCCUCCACGCUCCCAUUCCACGAGCUCUUCCAAUCCCUGUUCAACCCUCUAAGUGAGAUCAAAAAGAAACCCGCCGGGGCCGCGGGGCCGCGUCGAAAAGCCGGCCCUCAUGGCCAGUCCGCGGCGAACCUCAACCCCCUGGAACGACGACGCGAUGUCAUCGAGCGGUUUAUCUCGCGGUGGCGCAAGGACGUCGGCGAUGACAUAUACCCUGCGUUCCGGCUGGUACUUCCGGACAAGGACCGCGAUCGAGCGAUGUACGGGAUCAAGGAGAAGGCGAUCGGCAAGAUGCUGGUGAAGAUCAUGAAGAUCGACAAGAACUCCGAGGACGGGUUUAAUCUCCUGAAUUGGAAACUGCCGGGACAGGCAACCGCGUCGAGCAUGGCGGGCGAUUUCGCGGGACGAUGCUACGAUGUGAUUUCGAAGCGGCCGAUGCGGACGGAGGUCGGGAAUAUGACGAUCGAGGAGGUGAACGAACGGCUGGACCAGCUCUCGGCGGCGUCCAAGGAGGAGGAUCAGCAGCCGAUCCUGGCGGAGUUUUAUCGCCGCAUGAACCCCGAAGAGCUCAUGUGGUUGAUCCGUAUCAUUCUCCGGCAGAUGAAGGUCGGCGCGACAGAGCGGACCUUGUUCAAUGUCUGGCACCCGGAUGCGGAGAACCUGUACAGUAUCUCCAGCAGUCUUCGGCGCGUGUGUUGGGAACUGCAUGAUCCCAAUAUACGAUUGGACGCUGAAGAUAGGGGCAUUGCGUUGAUGCAGUGUUACCAGCCACAACUGGCUCAAUUCCAGAUGCAUUCGCUAGAUCGGAUGAUCAGUCGAAUGAAGCCGACCGAGGAGGAUCCGGUGUUCUGGAUUGAGGAAAAGCUUGAUGGGGAGCGCAUGCAGUUGCACAUGGACUCUGACGGUUCAGUCCCGGGAGGAAGGAAAUUCGGCUUCUGGUCAAGAAAGGCGAAGGAUUACACAUAUCUCUAUGGUAAUGGUAUACACGACGAGAACGGGGCCUUGACAAGACACCUGGCCGAUGCAUUUGCCGACGGUGUCAACAGUGUGAUAUUGGACGGCGAGAUGAUCACCUGGGAUCCCGAGCAAGAUGCGCCGGCGCCGUUUGGCACCCUCAAGACAGCCGCGUUGGCUGAGCAAAGGAAUCCGUUCUCGAACGGAGCCCGGCCACUGUUCCGCAUCUUCGAUAUUUUAUAUCUCAAUGGACGGGACAUAACGCGGUAUACGCUUCGUGACCGUCGUAAUGCGUUACAGAAGUGUAUCAAACCUGUCCAUCGCAGGUUUGAGAUCCACCCCUACGAGGAAGCGACCGGCAAGGCCGAAAUUGAAACAGCGCUCAGGAAAGUCGUCGCGGAAGCUUCUGAGGGCCUGGUGCUCAAGAAUCCCCGAUCACCCUAUCGCCUGAACGAAAGACACGACGACUGGAUGAAAGUCAAGCCGGAGUACAUGACCGAAUUUGGAGAGUCGCUGGAUCUUGUUGUCAUCGGGGGUUACUACGGAAGUGGCCAUCGGGGCGGUGCUCUCGCAAGCUUCCUGUGUGGGUUACGAGCCGACGGGGCCAGUUCAUCCCAAGGCGCGAGUCCGACGAAGUGCUACUCGUUCUGUAAAGUUGGCGGGGGGUUCAACGCCACCGAUUAUGCCAACAUCCGGCACCAUACGGGCGGCAAAUGGACCGACUGGAAUCCUAAAAAGCCGCCGACGACGUACAUCGAGUUAGCAGGCGGCGAUGCUCAAUAUGAGCGUCCUGAUAUGUGGAUCAAACCGGAAGACUCGGUUGUCCUGUGUGUGAAAGCGGCCUCGGUCUCCAUCAGUGAUCAAUUCCGAAUCGGGCUGACGCUGCGUUUUCCUCGGUUCAAAAAGCUGCGGAUGGACAAGGACUGGAAGAGUGCCCUUUCUGUGCAAGAGUUUCUGGAUCUCAAAUCCAACGUCGAACAGGAACACCAGGAGAAGGUGUUUGACGUUGACAAUUCACGGCGGAAGCGAACCAAAAAAGCUACUAAAAAGCCGAUUGCCAUUGCCGGGUAUGAUGAGAAGGAGGCAGAAGCCAAGUAUGCCGUGCCAUCUGGAGAGGUCUUCAAGGGGCUCAAUUUUUACAUUCUGACGGAUUCAAAUACCCGGGACAAGAAGACCAAAUCGGAGUUGGAGCAGCUGGUCAAGGCCAACGGGGCCAGUUUCUUUCAGAAAGACAGCGCCGCUCCAAACACUAUAUGCGUCGCGGAUAGAAGAACGGUCAAGGUAGCUGCCGUGCAGAAAAAGAAUACCAAUAUAGUCCGCCCAUCGUGGAUCCUGGAUUGCAUCCACCAAAGUGUGGUUGAUGCAGGACUUCCGGACUUCCUUCUUCCGCUAGAGCCGCGACACAUGUUCCACGCCACCUCUGAGAAGCAAGAAGAAAUUUCUGGUAAUGUUGAUCGAUUCAAUGAUAGCUAUUGUCGCGAUGUAAAUCGCGAAGAACUUAGCGAGAUCCUGGAACAAAUGACCAAAGACCACGCAUUCGACCUCCCCACAGACACCAACGCCGUAGAAAAGCUCCACGAAAGCAUCCAGGGAAGUGUGGAUUCCGGAUGGGAGAUGCCGUGCGGAUGGCUAUUCAAAAACCUGAUAUUCCACUUCCACUCGACCGACCAAGAUAACGAGAGUCAUCCAUAUCGCCUCCAGCUGGCAAAAAGCACAGCGAGAUUUGCAGGCGCAAGCGUUGCAGACUCCUCCGACGAUCGGACCAUCACACACAUCAUUGUGGACUCGACUACCCCGGCCUCAGAAAUCCGUCUGAUUCGAGAAUCACUGGCGACGACGCACCGCACGAAACUGCCUCACGUCGUCACGGUCAAGUGGAUCGAAGAAAGCUGGAAGCAACACACCCUUUUGGAUGAAGAAAGUAAGUCAUUGGCUUCUGGAAGUAUACACACCGGCGACGAUCUUUCUAAUCCCAUUGAAUGAUUACAGGGUUUCCUCCUAGUAUGACCCCCUCAUCCUCCUCUACCUAGGGCCAGCGGGGAAAAGAGAACAAAAAGAAGAAAUCAGGAAUAUCCACGUCAAACCCCGAUCAAUCAAUCACCACCUACUCCUGAUAGUAAGGUACUGUAGUAUAGUAUAGUUUAGUUAAUCUUGCCUAUACAAUACAAUAUACAAACAUACCCCACACCCCA